GCGUGUGGCCCUCCACCGUCCCCCGCCCCUCGCCGUCAUCGCCAGCCUCCUCACCUAUCGGAUUCAGGGUGCACAUUGCCCGCUGGGCCUCCCGCCAGGUGCUGCGCGGAGGUGUGAGCGGCGCAGGGCCGGGGCGCAGGCCGGGACCCAGCUCCUCCCCGGACCCCCCAGGCCGGGCUCCGCUGCCCCACCGAGGGGCUCUGAGCUUCCUGCGCCUGCAGCCGGCGGACCGCAGAGGGAGUGCGGGCGCACCGCGAGCGCUGGAGUGAUUCCUGGGAAAGAGGACCAUUUUGGGUAAAGAAACAAGCCAGGACCUGAGAGUGGAGAACGGCCUAUGCUGACCACAGUUUGUAACGAAUUUCCUCUUGGAAUCUACCCUGUGGCUUAGCUUUCAAACCACAGGUUCAUCUUAUCCAGGAAAACAUGGCCUCGGCGAAGCUGAGGUGGCUGUACAUGGCGCUGGUGGUGCUGGGCGCCCUCUGCCUGUACUUCAGCAUGCACGACCUGGCCCUGUUUAGAGGAGGGCCAUUCAUUUUCAAGAAGGAGAGCGGGAGGUUCCUCCAGCUCCCCGCCGUGGACUGCCGGCGGGACCCCCCCUUCCUGGUCCUGCUGGUGACGUCCUCCCACGAGCAGCUGUCUGCGCGCACGGCCAUCCGGAAGACGUGGGGCAGGGAGAGGGUCGUGCGUGGGAAACGGACCGAGACGGUCUUCCUCCUGGGCACCACCCCCAGCGAGGCCGCGGCCCUGGCGGUGGCCCAGGAGGGCCGGCGGCACCGCGACAUCAUCCAGAAGGACUUCCUGGACGUGUACCUGAACUUGACCCUGAAGACCAUGAUGGGCAUCGAGUGGGUCCACCACUUCUGCCCGCAGGCGGCCUUCGUGAUGAAGACGGACUCCGACAUGUUCGUGAACGUCUCCUACCUGGUGGAGCUGCUGCUGCGGAAGAACCGCACGGCCCGGUUCGUCACCGGCUUCCUGAAGCUGCACGACCUGCCCAUCCGCGAGAAGCGCAGCAAGUGGUUCGUCAGCCGGCACGAGUACCCGUGGGACAGGUACCCGCCCUUCUGCUCGGGCACCGCCUACGUGCUCUCGGGCGACGUGGCGAGCCAGGUGUACGACGUCUCGGACAGCGUCCCCUUCCUCAAGCUGGAGGACGUGUUCGUGGGGCUCUGCCUGGCCAAGCUGCGCAUCGGCCUGGAGCAGCUGCACUCGGAGCAGACCUUCUUCCCGGGCGGCCUGCGCUUCUCCACCUGCCGCUUCCGGCGGGUCGUGGCCUGCCACCACGUGCAGCCCCAGGAGAUGCUGAUCUACUGGAAGGCCCUGGAGGCCUCCACGGGAGAGGCGUGUCCAGCCGAGUGAGCCGCGCAUCUGGGCCCGCAGCCGACAACCCGCGGGGAUGUUUGAGAACCAUCCCUGGGCGGGCCUCGCGGAGGACGGUCAGGGGCUCGGGAGGGGCGAGGCACAGAGGGCCAGGAAGGAGAGGGGAGGGGAGCCGGGAGGGGAACUGUGACUCCAGUCGUUUUCCAAAUCUGAACUAGAACGCAAGCUCGAAUGAAACGGCCGAUUCAUUUCGAGUUAGUGCCCGAGCCAUAGCAGAUUCCACCUCCUGCGUCCCUACACCCUUGCACCUGGUGAUCCAUGAGCACCUCUGUCUUCUCAGGUUGCGGGCCAGCAUCCAGGCGAGGCGGGGCUGCUGCCAUUCCCAUUGACACCGGAGGAAACGGUGGCUUAGGGAGGUACGGGAACUUGCCCUCGGGCUCACGGCCAAAGCACACUGGAGCAGGGAGGAAACUCGAAGGCCAUCAGAAUCCAGUCCCUCCUGCCCCCCUCCUGUGCGACCCAGCCCUCCCUUGGGAGAGGAUGCGGUGAGGAGGCUCGGAGCGCAGCCUCGCUGAUGGCACCCUCUGUCCAUGUCGGAGUGUCUCCUCCUCAUCUCCUGACCCGUGUGCUCUGUAGUGCUAAUGCUGGGGUGAACACCCUCUGCCCCCCAGCUGUCUUCUGGGCGAGUCCCUGUUAGCAGCCUGGCACCCAGCUCAUCCCGGAUGCUGGCCUGCAGUGGCUGCAGCUCAGGCCCCGAGAAAUGGCCGCUCCGGACACAUCAGUGUGCACACAUUUUACUCAGACAUCACCGCAGGGCCUGGCCCAUGUGCAGACCUGGCCACACGGCUGACCUCCCCAGGCGCAUGACACGUGCCCUGAGCCACGGGUGGCGUCCUGUCUGCUCCAGACGCACUCUAUCUGCACGUUAGGUCUCUAGGUUCAAACGGGAGGCCAGUGGGCGCGAGGCUUGGCCAGGGAAGGGUGCUGGAGCUUUUCUGGGAAUCCAGGUGCAUUUGGGUUAAGUUGCUUUCCAGGACCCCGCGGGACACUGGUUGCUGGAUGAGCCCUGGUCCGGGGGGGCGGUCUCCCCGUGUCUGUUCCCCAAGCCUGACCCAAGCUCAUCUUCUUCGAAUUUCUCGUGUGGCCAAGAAGCAGCUGUUUUGUGGUGUGGAGUUCAACCUGCAGCGUCCUUCUCCCCGGAGGACUGUGCGGCCUGCUCUUCAGGUGGCGUGAAAGCGAGGCACUUCUCUGCAGCGGUCUCUGCCCAUUCAGCCACCGCCACGUGACGUGCAAGGCCGUCUUGCUGCUGGUCGCAGGAUGAACGGUUCCUCCUGUUGACUUUCUUGGACUUGACUUUGCCAGCACUCAAAGCAAAGGCCUCACGUGUCUGCGUAACAAGCACGUUGGACUAAGCUCUGGCCCGAACUCAGAGCAGGUGUUUGCUGCAAGACGGUCACGGCCGUGUUAAAUUGCAAAGCGAGGUCUGCGCCCUAUUUUCACAACAUUUGGGUGUGUGGGGACCGGCUGCUUCUUGCAGACGUGUUCCCUUAUCCCGGCUGCUCUGACGUGCCGGGUCAUGUUCAGAAAAGCGUCCUUCUCAGCUGGGAAUCCAGGGAUUGAGCACGGUUCCUGAAGCCCAGCUGUUGCCAGGGCCACGUACCGCCGUCCAGCAGCCUGGGCUGCCCCUGAGCCCCAAGAUGAGGGUGGCGUCCGAGGGUAAAUGGGUUGGUUGGGCCGUAGGGCUGGGUCUGUGCUUAGAUGCCCACCUCGUCUGGUGUGUGUGUCCGUGUGGCCAGGGGGCUCGGUGGGUGAGGCGUGGCUGAGGCCAGUCCGGCCAGCUGCCUCUGCACGCUGAUGGUCAGGCAUUACUUAAUCUUCUUUUUAUCUCAGUUUUCUCAUCUGAAUAAUGGGACAGUAGUGGUUCCCACCUCACAGGGCUAUUGUGCCGGUUGAGGCAGUGUGUGUAGAUUGCUCCGUAUCGUGGAGCAGUAAGAAGAGCAAGGCGACGUUUGCUUCUGCAGGUGCCCCCAGCGUUCUCAGCUGCUGGGUGGGAGCGUGGAGCUUGAGCGCUCACUUGUACUCGCCUUUGCACAAUCAGCUGCACACGUAUUACACAAGCAUGCGCCACAUGCUGCGUGGGGUGUGGUGGAAACACCUUUGCGUGGGUUUGCAGGCCGCAAGGGGGAGGCCAGGUGGUGCCUGCGGGCUCCCCACUAGCACCGGGUGGCUCUGUGAUGGACUGAGCGCUUCACACGUGUGGUUUCCUUUCGUGGCUGCCAUGGCUCCUGGGAACAAUGAGAAGGUAUUUCCCUCCCACUUGGCAGUACUUGUUUUCUCGUGACAUUUUUAAAGAAUUCAUUUUCAGCGUUUGCCCCAUCAGCGCUGGCUUUUUAGCUCUUUUCCUGGAGGUGGUAACGAUCGGUCAGGCCUCCUCUCUCUGUCCAGGUCCCUGGUGUGGUGCCCGGAGGGAGGAGAUAGGAGAAACGGAUCCAUUGGGUUAAAGGUGGUCUCACUAAGGGGUGUCCGGCGGAAGGCUGGGCUGGAGACGAGGAUUAAGUGAAUGUAACCCCCUCAGACACCAGCUCCGGAGCCUCUUAGAGAUUGUCAUUGCCGCUUAUUUUUAUUUCUGUUUUGGUUGCACACGAUCCACAAGUCCGUAUGUGAACAUUAGGAAACUUUUUCAUGGGCUGAGGUGUUUUUGAAGCAAACUCUCAGUUCUGUCCCUGGGAGAGAACGCUGCUUACGUCCUCCGUGUGACGGUAAAUGGAAGGAUCUGUGGCUGUGGGAACUUAGAUUCGAGAGUUCCUCUCCGUUUUCCUGCUUUUCAGGGGUGACACCAGGAAAGGACCGCUGCUCUCCGAAUGGCCCUGAAACUGAGCGGAGAGCCGCUCCCCCCCCCCCCCCCCCCCCCCCGCGUGGGGCACAGAGCCACAAAGGGCUGCUGGGCACACGCCAAUCUGAAUACGGACAAACAAAAAAUUAGUUUUAAAUUAAUUUUAGAAAUGAUUUUUACUUACCAGACCUAAUCAACCUUAAAUAUAAGUGGAAAAAUGAAUUCACAGCCAAAUGUUUUUGGUAUCACAUGGUGGUUGGUUUUCUUUUCUUUUGUUUUUUGGAAGGAAUGGUAAAAAUUUAAAUUUUUCCAGGAGUAAGUACAACAGUGAGAAAACACUCAGGCUUCCUGGCUGACCAUGGUGGAGGGAGGAGGAAGAGAGCGGAGUUAAGGUCGGCUCUGAGAGCUCUGGCCUGGCUGGAGAUGAGGUUGGGGUUCCUGCCGCAGAAGAGAAGCGGAGAUGAGAUGCAGAGAGUGAGUCAGAGACCUGUGGAGAAAUAGAACCAAUAGGAAGUGGAGAUGAGCACCAUUGAUUUUAAGGAAUUGUCUCCAAUAAGGGCUGAUGUUGCAUUCUUUUAAAAAAUAUAUACUUUUUAUUGACUUCAGAGAGAGGAAGAGAUAGAAACAUCAAUGAUGAGAGAGAAUCAUUGAUCGGCUGCCUCCUGCACACCCCCUACUGGGGAUCAAGCCCACAACCCAGGCUUGUGCCCUGACUGGGAAUUGCCCUCCCGGUUCACAUAGGUCGAUGCUCAACCACUGAGCCACGCCAGCUGGGCUGAUGUUGCGUUCUUGAGUGUGAAGGCAGGAACUUCAGGCUGAGUUUCUAUGUUGUAGUUCUGAGAACAAUUCCGUCUUCAGGAAAACUCACUCUGUGCUCUGAAGCCUUCAACGGGUUAGAUGAGGCCCAUCCAUGUUAUAAAGGGUAAGCUGCUCGACUCGACGUCUACUCACUUAAAUGUCACUCUUUACUGAAGGCUACUGCUUUUCUGUUUACCGCAUGUUUAAAUUACCUUCACAGCAACAUGCAGGCUGAUGUGGACCCAACACCUGGGUCCCACAGCCUCGCCUCGCUGACCUUCACCGUGAACCAUCACUGUGAGCUUGUCAUACGUGCCAAGUGUGCAGGGCUGGCCAGACAGCCCAGUGGCUGUCCACGAGGCCAUGUCUCUGUAGGAAGGGGCCGGGCCAUUGGCUUGUCGGCAGGAGCUUUGCAAAGGCCAGAGUGUCCAUCUUGGUUUCCCUUCUCUUCCCAUGACCUUGCCAGGUCCCUGAGGCCUCGGAGGGGCUUUUUUCUCCCCACCGUUAUGGGUGUUGUUAGGAUCCUUAGCACGGGGGUGCCCUGGCUGGCUCCCAGGGAGAAUUUCUAUCUUCCUCACACACUCCUGUUUCUUUUAAUUGGAUGCAGAGUCCCUGGUCUUCUCUCCCCAGAUAGACACUGGCGUGUGGCCUGGGCUGGUUAAGUGGCUCAGAGAUGAAUUGGCCCUAGCAUGGCUGAUGCUGGUUCUUUCUGGCUGCUCCAUGGAGAUGUUUGCCUCUAAGAAGAUUCCGGAGGCGCUUGUGCCUACCGCUAAUCAGAAGUGGGGGUGCCCGAGAAUCACAGGGGGUCCCAGUCUUGCCUCUGCCAAUGAUGUGCCCGGUGGCCGCAGACCACUCUUUCCUGAUCUCUGGCUUUGAGUUCCCCUGCAGACCUGGCUAGGCGUCAAGCUCUAAUAUUUCUACCUACUGAGCCCUCAGGGUGGGUCAUUUCUGUCAGACGCUCUGUCAGAAGCUCAUGCACAUGGGAUCUGGCCUGGGUCAGUGUGUGUGACCAUCUGCUCAAGGACUUACGGGCACAGGUGACAGGCUGUCAGGCACAAUCAACCUUAAAUCUGAGUGGAAAAAUCAAUUCCAGAGCCAAGUGUAUCUGGUGUCACACUGUUUUGUAUGAUUGGUUUGUUCUACUACCUCCCUUCUCUGGGUUAAGAAGUUAGUGCCCGAUGUGUGCAGAGUGUAGACGGCCAGUGUGGCAUUUACACAGCCCGGCCCAGAGACCCUGCCACGCACAUGCUCCCGGGAAGUCAGUGUAAGGCCAGGGUCUCAAGGGUCCCGUCCUUUAGUCCCCACACAGAGAGAGAAACCAAAGAGGUGAUGAGACCCUUAGUUAAGUUGUGCUUUGGAAAAUACCAGAUUGGGGAGAAUUGGCUUAGUUUAUACCUGGUCAAAUAAGAAAGCAAGGAAAAUCCAGCAUGAUUAGAAAUCAGUUAAUGUCAACCAAGGGGAUGUUGUGGUCAGAUUUUGUAUUUCCUAAGAGACAGUAAAUAAAAGUAAAUUUUUAUGUUAUUGAAUGAUACUUGAAAAUAUUGUUUCCCUGUAUUUCAGAAGGAUCUACUAAACUCUUAUGUCAUAUUUUGGGAGUAGGCAUAAGUAUUUAUGAUUUAUUAAUAAUGGUACACAUUUAAUAAACAUUAAAUUACUAAAACAGCAUAAUGUUCUUACAUUGGUUAGUUUUAAGUUAUAGCUAGAUGUGAUAAACUUGUGCUCUUCCUGAAAAUUUGGCAAUGUAUGGACUAAACUGGACAAUAUUAUUAUUUUUUACAUGAUGUUUUCUUUUUUAUUUAUUUUAAAAAAUCUUUAUUGUUGAAAGAAUUACAGAUAUCCUUCUUUUUCCCUCCCAUUGCCCCCUUCCACCCAGUUCCUGCCCUACCCCAGGCCUUCAUCACCCUAUUGUCUGUGUCCAUAGGUAAUGCAUAUGUGCAUAUAAGGUCUUUGGUUAAUCUCUCCGCCGCCCCCCCUCCCUUCUGAGAUUCGUCAGUCUGUUCCAUGUUUCCAUGUCUCUGAUUCUAUAUUAUUUAUCAGUUCAUCUUGUUCAUUAGAUUUCUUGUUCAUUUAUUUUGAUUGUUAGAUUCAAUUGUUGAUAGAUAUAUAUUUAUUGCCAUUUUAUUGUUCAUAUUUUUUAUCUCUUCCCUCCUCCUCCUCCUCCUCCUCCUCCUCCUCCUCCUCCUCCUCCUCCUCCUCCUCAAAGAAUACCCUUCAAAUUUCAUGUAAUACUGGUUUGGUGGUGAUGAACUCCUUUAGCUUUUUUUUUUGUCUAUGAAGCUCUUUAGCUGACCUUCAAUUCUAAAUGAUAGCUUUGCUGGGUAAAGUAAUCAUGGUUGUAAGUCACUUUGGAUAUUUCUUGCCACUCCCUUCUGACCUGCAAAGUUUUUGUUAAGAAAUCAGCUGACAGUCAUAUGGGCACUUCCUUGUAGGUAACUAACUGCUUUUCUAUUGCUACUUCUUUUAAGAUUCUCUCUUUGUCUUUAACCAUUGGCAUCUUAAUUAUUAUGUAUCUUGGUGUGGGCCUCUUUGGGUUCCUCUUAUUUGGGACUUCUGUGCUUCCUGGACUUGUAAGUCUAUUUCUUUAAAACUUCCCAGAUAAGGGAAGUUUUCUGUCAUUAUUUCUUCAAAUAGGUUUUCAAUAUCUUGCUCUCUCUCUUCUCCUUCUGGCACUCCCAUAAUGUGAAUGUUGGUACAUUUGAAGUUGUCCCAGAGGCUCCUUACACUGUCUUCAUAUUUUUGAAUUCUUUUUUCUUUUUGCUCUUCUGAUUGGGUGUUUUUUGCUUCUUCAUAUUCCAAAUCCUUGAUUUGAUUCUCAGAAUUCUCUACUCUACUGUUGAAUCCCUGUAAAUUAUUCUUUAUUUCAGUUAGUGUGUGCUUAAUUUCUGACUGGUCUUUUUUAUGUCUUUGACAUUCUCACUAAGAUCCUUGAAAGUCUCAGUAAGUCCCAUGAAGCUCUCAUUGUCCUUUGAUGUUCUCAUUAAGAUCCUUGAGUAAUCUUAUAACCGUUGUUUUGAACUUUGUGUCCAAUAGCUUGCUUGCUUCCAUUUCUUUCAUUUGUAACAUGUUUCUUUGUCUCCACAUUUUGGCUGCUUCCCUAUGUUUGUUUCUAUGUAUUAGAUAGAGCUGUUAUGUCUCCUGGAAUCUGUAGAGUAGCCUUGUAUGAUAGGAGUACUGAAGGGCCCAGUGGCUCAGCCUCCCCAGUCACCUGAGCUGGACACUCUAGGUGUGACCCUGUGUGGGCUGGGUGCACAGUCUUGUUGUAGUUGAGCCUUGAAUGGCAUCACUGGGAGGAAUUGGACUCCAGGAAAAUUGGAUGUGAGAACCAGCUGCAUCUACAAUGGAAGAGCUUCUGUGCAGGAGACACCCCUAUGGAACAGGACUUGCUUCAGUGGGGCUUUGGUGCUCAAUGAGUCUUUCCCUUGAGUGUGUCCCUUGUGGAUGUGUAGAGUUGUAAUCUGCUAUGGUCUGAAGCUGUCCACCAGGUGACUGGCUCUGGGACCUUCCAGGAGGUGCAAAGUCAGCCACUGCCUGGGGCCACCCGUCAGGAGAUACAGAGAGAUGGCUGUUAUUUAUAUUGGGUUAAGAAGUGCUCAGGUGAGGUCCAGCUGUGAGGCAAGGCAGGCUGGUGCUAGUGCUGAGGGUGUUGGGUCUUUUAUUGAUAGGUUUGGGGCACACUGACUCCAGCUGCUGCUUGUUUAAGAGAUUUUAGCAAAUUCUGAAGCCUUAGCCAGGACAGGCCAUUCGUAUGGAAAAGUAGCUGCAAACAGGUUGGGUGGGGCUGAAAAUUGGAUGGGAUGGGGUCUCAGGGAAUCACAAGGGUAGAGAAAACAGUGUGGAAAACACUGGUGGAAACUCAGAUAUGGCUGCCAGUCAGCUCUGCGACAGGGGAGGUCCCAGCACAGAAACAAUGAUCUCUGAAAGCACCCCUGUCUGGGAGAAAGCCACCCUGAGUUCCUGCCCCAAUGCCAGACAGCCCAGUUCCUCCCUGUAUGUCCCCAAAACCACCGCCCGGUGCUGGAGCUCAGAGGAAGCUGAACUGUGUAAGUUCUCGUGCUGGCCCUUUAAGAGGAACACCUGGGACUCCAGCAGCUUCCAUUUCACUCAGCCACAAUCCCCACUGGUUUUUACAGCCUGAAGUUAUGGGGACUUCCCUUCCCAGCUUUGGAACCCUGGACUGGGGGUCUGGUGUGGGGCUGGGAUCUCUGCUUCUCAUGGGAGGCCUUGGAGAUAUCCCUCCUGAUUCAAGAUACGCCACACGUGCGUGUUGGAUCAGCCCGUUUUGUGCCUCUACCCCUCCUACCAGUCUCAAUGCACUUUCUUCUUUACUUCUCUAGUUGUAGGACUUCCAUUCAGCCAGGUUUCAGGUGGUUCUGAAUGGUGGUUGUUCUGUAUUUUAGUUAUAAUUUUGAUGUGGUUGUGGGAGGUGGCCAGUACUUGUGUUUACCUUUGCCGCCUUCUUGGUUCUCCUAAAUGAUGUUUUCUAUACUUAUUUUGUGUCUGGGAAAAUAUUUUUAACAUUCGACUUUGAUAUGUUUAGGAAAAUAUGUUGAGCAACCUUGACAUACUUCCUUUGUAAGAGACAGAAAUUUCUUGUUUCACUUGGACUUUCAAAGUAAAGUCCAUCUCUUGGAGGGUCUUUAAGGGUCAGGGCCAGGGGGCAGUAGUGGGAGGGGAGAGGCAUCCUGCGGGAAUUAUACACCCAGGGCAUUAUGCUGCAGGCAUUCUUUGGCAUUUUCUUUCUCUCAGGUAUAUUUAUAUUUUUGAGAAACUAUUAUUUCAGUUUAAGGAAUCAAGCCUUGUGGACAGAUAUGAUUGUACCUUUAGAAUCUUCAUGCUGACUUAUCUCUGAGGCAUAGAUUGGAUCCCUGAUCUUUCAAAGUGUCAUGAAAAUGAAAAUAAAAUGAUUGAUUGACACAGGUGUGUUUUCUUUGACUUCAGCUUGUAUUUGCCACAGUGCUUGUGUUGCUGUGAACCUGGAAAUCACCGUUCACCCACACUCCCUGCAGGUUGCAUCCCCAGACUGUCUCA